UAUAAUUUUCCGAAACGACACGUAUAUUUGCAAAAUCUGGUUUAAAAAAUAUAGAAAUAAACCCCCCUGAUGAAUUUCUUUUUGAAAAACAACUCCUGGCCUGCUGCAAAUCAGGCUAGAGGUCUGGUGAGAGCAAAAGCCCAGGGACUUAAAAAGAAAGAAAGUAAAAGCCUAAGGAUGGCCUACUUCAAAAGCCCAGUGCUCAGGGUCCACUAUUUCGUGGCCCGCACCCAGUGCCUUCCACCACCAUCACCGCCGGCAUCCUUCCGCCUCCGCCGCGCCACGCCGGUCACUCUGCUUAAACACCAAGCCAAGCCACAAGCUACCCACCCGCCGUGAAACCAAAUCCUUCGCUUUCCCCUCCCACUUCCCGCCCAAAACCCUAAGCCCCGACUGCCACCGCCUCCGCCUCCGCCUCCGCGUGCGCUGGCCAUGGCGCCGCCGCACGAGCUGGACCUCUCUGACGAGGUCGAGGGCGAGCAGGACGGCACCACCGACUUCGUCUUUCGCCUCGCCGGCGACCCCAUCCCCAUCCUCCCGACCUCCUCCUCCCCGCUCCCGCUUUUCGACCUCCAGUCCCCUCCGGCCCGCCCGCUCGUCGUCUCCGACCGCCUCGCCGCCGUCUUCCUCGCGCACCCUAAUGGGUUUAUGGCCGUGAGGACGAAGGAGUUAAUCGAAGCCAGUAAGGAGGCGCGGGAGAAGGGCAAGGCGAGCACCCGCUGCACGCAGGACUGCUGCGUCGCGGACGUGCCCCUCCCAGGCGUCUCUCUCCUGGCGCUCUCCCGUGACGAGUCCGUGCUAGCUGCCUGCACGGACAGCGGGAUCCAGUUCUUCUCGUCUGUUUCCCUGCUCACUCAUAAGGAUGUGGAACCAUCCUCGUCAUGCAGCCUGGGACGAUAUGGCACUGUUAAAGAUUUUAAGUGGUUAAAUCAUGCCUCCACAUCAUAUAUUGUACUCUCGAAUGGUGGGUUGCUGUGUCAUGGGACUUUGGGUGAAGAUCUGAAGGAUGUGAUGGAAAAUGUUGAUGCUGUUGACUGUUGCAAGGAAGGAAAUCACAUUGCUGUUGCAAGAGAGAAUAAACUUACCAUAUUGUCGUCAGAUUUUAAGGAAACAUGCUGCAUGUCCCUAUUGUUCCAGUUGUGGUCUGAUGAAAGUGAUUCAGAGGGCACUACCAUCAAAGUGGAUUCCAUUGGCUGGGUACGUGAUGAUAGUAUUGUUAUCGGUUGUGUUCGAUUGAAUGAAGAAGACAAUGAAGAGGGUUAUCUUGUUCAAGUCAUAAGGAGUGAAGAAAACACAUUUUUUGAGAGCCCAAGCAAGCCAGUUGUUUAUACAUAUGUGGAUUUUUUCCAUGGCAUCAUGGAUGAUGUUUUACCAUCUGGAGUUGGACCUAAUCUACUAUUGGGUUAUCUGCAUCGCUGGGAUCUCAUGGUGGCUUCCAAUAGAAAGAGCAUUGAUGAACACAUUGCCCUUCUGAAGUGGUCGUCCACACCUGAUGACGAAAAAACUAUAAUAUAUCUUGAAAUGUUGGAGGAUAAAUACAGUCCUAGGAUUGAUUUGCAAGAGAAUGGCGAUGACAAUGUCAUACUAGGGUUUGGUGUCGAGAAUGUUUCAUUACUUCAGAAGAUCACUGUAUUAGUUGGACCUGAACAAAAGGAGGUUGCCCCUCAACAUAUUCUACUUUGUUUGACUGGUGAAGGGAAACUAGUUAUAUAUUAUCUCGCCAGGAUUUCGGACCCCUCUGAUUUACCUCACACAACUCUGUCUACUGAGGAUAGCUAUGGUGAAAAACAGAUUUCACCUGUUACUGUAUCCGAAAAGGAGUUUACUCCAAGUGGUACAAGCUCGGUAUCUAAGAGUAUUCUUACAGAACAUGGUGCUGAACCUGCUAGUGCACAAACAGGUAGCAACCAGCAGGGAUCUAUGGAUGUGAAAAACAGUUCCUCAGUUUCAAAAAACCAGGAAACUAUUGGCAGUUCAUUGUUUAUCUCUUCCGAUAAGACGCCGUUGAAUACCAAGCAAGUUAAUGUGACUCCCCCACUUACACCCGCACCUAGCUUAGCACAAACAGGAAACACAAAACCUGGAACAUCUUUGAGCUUUUCUACCGUCAAUAAUGCAGGCGCGGAUCCAACAGGAAGCAAGACAUCUAGUGCAUUAGCUCCUUCCUUGCAACCAAGCAGCAGCAGUAGUUCUGUAAACAGUCAGCUUGGUAAAGGAGGCCUGGAUUCAGCCCAAUCAGUGGGAACACUUGGUGGAUCUCAGAACUACAAUAAAGAUGGUGGCCUUAGUUCCAAAUCAUCAUUGCUUACCCCUAGUGGAUCUGUUCCUGUUAAGAUUGGAGAAAGGAACGAGGCUGGUCUUGGAAGUCACUCGCUGCAAACCAGCUACACUACCAAUAGGAAAGUAUUUGGUCCUUCAGUUGGCUACAGUUCUGAACCUUCACCGUUGAUAGUUCCAGCUAAACCUUCCCCAGUUGGAUCUUCAUCCAGUGGUUUUCGGACAGGAAAUUCUGAACCACUUCAAUCACUGCACGGAUCACCUCUGUCACAGCAAACUAUUGGCAAAUCACACAACAGCAGGACACACACAGCAGUGGACUAUUCUAGAAAUUCCAAGAUGGGCACAAUGCUUGAUUCUGAACAGGACUUGUCUAAAAAGUUUUACAGUAUACAUGAAAUGACAAAGGAGUUAGAUACCCUACUAUCAUACAUAGAAAAGGAUGGUGGUUUCAGAGAUGCCUGCAUUACCUUCCAGCAGCGUCCUCUAUCUAUUUUUGAGGAUGGUUUGCAAAUUUUUUUGGAGUUGUUGCAAGUAUUCAAGAGCAAAGUAGAGGGACAAUGUUCAAAAAUUGAAGAUCUGAGAAAUAAGAUGUUUCAAGUUUCUGCUAGGCAAGCUUACAUGAAAGGAAUUGUCAAUCAAUCUUCAGAUACUCAGUACUGGGAUAUUUGGAACCGUCAGAAAUUGAGCCCAGAAUUCGAAGUUAAGAGGCAAAAUAUUCUCAAAGCUAACCAGAAUUUGACAAAUCAGCUGGUUGAGCUGGAGAGGCACUUCAAUAAUCUAGAGAUGAACAAAUUCGGUGAAACAGGAAGAGUGGCUUCUAGUCGUAGAGCUGUUUAUUCUAAUACAUCAAGGUCUAGCCAGACACAAUUAUCCAGUGUGUACAAUGCACUGAACUCACAAUUGGCAGCAGCUGAGCAACUAUCUGAAUGCCUCUCAAAACAGAUAUCUGCGCUAAAUAUAGGUCCUCCUUCUACGAAGCGAGGGGCUGUGACCAAAGAGUUGUUUGAAUCUAUUGGUCUAGCCCACACAACCGAUGCAACCAAAUUUUUAGGCGGCACUCCUAAGUCAAUUAAAAGUUUUUCAUCAGUGAAUGAGCAUGCAAAGGGCAUAUUAGGGCCUUCCAAGAGUGCUGAGCCUGAGACUGCACGAAGGAGGAGAGAGUCACUGGAUAUGAGCCUGGCAAGUUUGGAACCUCAGAAAACAACCGUUAAAAGAAUAGCACAACAACAACGCCUCAAGAUCAGCAGUGAUCUGCCGUUCAGGUCAAACAAGAAAAUAUUUGAUUCUCAAAUGGCAGCUAUAUCGCAGGAAAAGUCCAGUGGUAGCCCCAAGUCCUCUAUAGUAGAAUCAUAUGUAAGCAGACUGCAUUCUCCGAGCGAAGUUCUAGAUGUAAAAGUGAAACCAUCGGGACCCCAACAGAACUCUUUGUUCAAAUGGGUAAAGGAAUCAACCAGGCCAUCUCAGGGCUCAGAGCAAAAGCAUUUUGAGUUACCAGGGCAAAUGAAAAAUGCCGCUCAAUCUUCAAAAUUGGCACCAUCUUCACCAGCAUCGUUCAGUUACACACAUAAGGGUGCACGGGAUAAUAUCAGUCCAUCCAAUGUUGCAUCCUUGGGAACAACACAUACUGGGCCUAAGUCAAACACGUUAACCUUCAAAACCACUAUAACACCUAAAAGUAAUGCGAACACAGAGCCAAAUAUAUUUCCUUACAUGGCAAAUGCAAAAACUUCCCAGAGUCCACUGUCUGUGAAAACUCCACCUGGGGAGUCUGGAGAUGCAUCUACCUUAACUGUGAAGAGCAGACAGGAUGAUCAGGCAAUGCCAUCUUUGGGAAACAUGAAAGGAUUGGGUGUUUCUCCACAGAACAAGGGUGACAUAUUCAGAGAUCUUAGCAAAUCAUCUUUUACUUCUGAACAGUUCAAGCCUGCUGUAUUACAAGAGAAAACAGGUCAAGCUAGUGGGGUUAGUGAUGCUGUGCAGAACACUGUGAAAGAUGCACUUGAGGUGGCACCUCAACCUCCUGCAUUCUCACCAGCGCCUGUUACACAAUCCUCUUCAUACUCCAUAAAGCCUGGUGUUUCCUCUUCAUCUACAUCAGCCUCAUCAACUAUGCAAGCAUCAGCUGCAAAGACUUCAGAUGUUUUGUCUCCAACAGUUUCUUCGAUUCUUCCAUCUCAGAAAUCAAUGCCGAAAGUUCCUCCAUCAGUACCUGAGGCUACCGUGUCUAGUUCCUUACCAUCAAUCCCAACACCUGUUAAGGAUUCGUCAACUGGCUUGAAUAAAAAUAUGUCCAAAUCUGAAGUGGUUACAUCAGAGGUAACUAGUACAAUAGUUUCUGCAAGUAUUACUUCAGUCGUAUCGACCACUGAAAGCAAACCUUCAUUGCCUCCAACGACUGGUGCCAGCUUGCCUUCUACUCCAGUCUCUGCACCUAAAAUGGUGCCAACAACAGCAGAAUCAGUUGUCACUUCCACAGGAAAAGAUAUAGGACCAAGCAAUCUCUCAACUGAUGAAGAUGAUAUGGAAGAGGAGGCCCCUUCUGCAAGCGCUGAUCUCAACUUGGGAGCACUUGGUGGGUUUGGCCUUGGGUCUCAGCCUUCUUCAAGUCCUAAAAAAUCCAAUCCUUUUGGGAUCUCAUUUGGUUCAUCUGACAAUAAAAGUUCAGGCACACCAUUUACUUUGACAACCAGUCCAGGACAGCUUUUCCGGCCAGCAUCACUAAGCAUUCCUUCAUCCCAGCCAGCCCAGCCAUCUCAGUCAACUAGCUCUAGUGCUUUCUCUAGUACGUUAUCAAGUGGGCUUACUGGAUUUGGACAGCCUGCACAAAUUGGUUCUGGCCAGCAUUCAGGAUUUGGGAAGCCUGCACAAAUUGGGGCUGGUCAGCAGGCAGGAUUUGGGCAGCCAGCACAAAUUCAGUCCGGUUUUGGUCAGCCAGCACAAAUUGGAUCUGGGCAACCGUCAGGAUUUGGGCAGCCUGCACAAAUUGGGGGUGGCCAGCAGUCAGGCUUUGGGCAGCCUGCACAGUUUGGUGCUCAACAGGUGCUUGGAUCAGUGCUGGGUUCUUUUGGACAAUCACGGCAGUUAGGAAGUGUAGGUGCUGGAGGAUUUGGUGGAUUUGCUAGUGCUCCUACAUCUGGGGGCUUUGCUUCUUUAUCUACCAGUAAUGCUGGAUUUGCUGGCGCUGCAGCAGGUGGGGGCUUUGCCGCACCCGCUACUUCUGCAGGUGGGGGUUUUGCUGCUGCUGCUACUGCUACUGGUGGAGGUUUUGCUGCUCUUGCCUCCAAAAGUGGUGGUUUUGCUGCUGCAGCUUCAUCUGGUGGUGGCUUUGCUGCAGCAGCUCCAUCUGGUGGUGGUUUUGCUGCAGCAGCUCCAUCUGGUGGUGGUUUUGCUGCUGCAACUCCAUCUGGUGGUGGUUUUGGAGGUGCCACCCAGGGUGGUGGCUUUGGCAGUGGUGGAUUCGGAGCUUUUGGUGGUAAUCAAGGGGCUGGGUUCUCGGCAUUUGGAGCGAGUGGACCUGGAAGACCACCAGCUGAUUUUUUGACACAGAUGAGAAAGUAGGUUUCGGGCAACCCCUGAGUUCCUCAUGUCUUCCGCAGAAGAUUCAAACGAUUUGUGGUCCAUGUGUAUAUUUCGAAUCUUUUUUUGGGGGUAUGCUGGAUGACAAGUUUAUGCAUCAGCUGGGGCUAGAUGCAAAAGGCCUCGGAGAUAAGUUCAACUGUGAUAUCCGAAAAUUACUAUUGUAUGUUCCACUAUUCACCUAUAUAUACUGUUUAGCGACUCCCUGAGGGCUGAGGCCUUCUCGUGUAUCCCUGAAGCAUUUUGUCGGCACAGUAGUCAGCAGCAGGAACAGCCAUGGAGCCGCAAUGCCUUGACUCAUCAGUGUGGAAAACUUGCAUCAUCCGAACGUAACUGAACCAGACGCCUAAGGCGCUGGAUGAGGCUCUCGACAAAGUCUGCUAUAUGUUUCAGGGUAGCAUCUCUUCGCUCCAUCGCUUCGAUUUGGGACCAUGUCUUGAUUCGGCACCUUAGUUCGUUUCCUGCUGCACAGUAGUAGCAGCGUUCUAGCAACAAUAGUGUAGCAAAGGCCAAUCUGUGGCUUUUUCUUUAUGCGGACUCCUAAUCUGCAUCUGUUAAGCUACUGUAACUACAAGAGGGUGCCAAAUUAUUUUCUUUAUUCAUCUUA